AUCGCAUCGCUUUGAAAUAUUUGUAAACUAAAAUACUUUACUUUUACAAGUUUUUUUACGAUUUUUGUCGUCAUUUUCAAAAGCCAAGAUCUUUUUUACUACCCAAAUAAAUCUGUAUUUUGUUACUUUUAAUGUUUGUGUGCCAAAAACAAAAAAGAAAUUCAAUAAACAUUUUGUAUUAAUGGCCCUUUUUGAAUCAAUGAUGAUUAUAAUUACAAGUCUUACAAGUGAAAUCUAUUUAAAAAAAAUACAUACAUAAAUAUUUUAUGUGUGAAGUGAAAAAUAAACAAAUCUUUACAGAAAAUUCAAUUAAAAACAAAAAAAUAUAUAUAAGGAAAUAUAAACAACUUAAUAAGGAUAAAUGGAUUUUUGUAACAUCAAAAGGAAAUCAUUAAAAGUAAAUUAAAAGAAAAUACAAGGAUUAAUUCAAGGCCCCUUAAUAAUAAUACUGCAGAAGUAGCAUCAAGUGGUUGUGCUGGUCGCAGUAAUAUUACUUUGGAACAUUCUGCAACAUCAUCAGUAGUAAUACCGAAUAGUAGACAUCGUUUUGCAACAUUGAGUUGCAUUAGUGGCGUCAACACCGACAACAAUAAUGGGGAGAAUGCGGACAACAAUAAUCAAUUUAUUGUAAAUCCUCAACAGCAGCAAGGACCUUUUAUAUGUCGUACACCACCACCAAAUUAUCAUUCAUUGCCUUCAACACCACCACCAUCUUAUACAGCGCGUUCGCAACAACAACAGCAACAACCUUAUCAAGAGCAACAUCAACAGCCAACUGUGCGAUUAGCGGAAAUCUCAAGAGACGACAAUGUGAACAAUGAGGAUGAACAACCACCACGGCAACAGCAUCAGCAGAGUAAUCAUCAUCAUCAUCAACAGCAAUUGCAGCAACCUUUAAGGCGUUUUCAAGUACCGGAAGCACUUGCUCUAACUCAUGACGAACAUAGAGUAUUAAAUAGGCUAAAUGUUGCAAGAAAUAUUAUAAAUGAGCCACUGUCAGUUGCAAAUAGACAAGUAGGAUUAGUUCAAGGAAGAUGUGCCACGAGAAAUGUGGCAACAGUGUCACAUAAUCAUCAACAACAGCAGCAGCAACAUCAACAACAGAUACAACAAAGAAGACGGAAACAACGUAGACGUAAUCUUUAUUUAUUACAGCAACAACAACAGCAGCAGCAACAACAACAACUUCUGCAACAAAAUAAUCCAACUCUCGGUAAUCAUAGCACAGAUUCUGAAAGCUCUACAAGUUUAACGGAUGCCAGUGAAAGUGACAAUGACAUUAUUUGCAUUGGCAGUAACCGUGAUCAAAGAAGACGUCGUCGACAGCGUUUACUUAAAUUAAGAGAUGCUUACUGUCCCGACCUAUUAAAUGCCUGUUCAUUAAUAUUACUCCAACAACAGACAAGUGAUUCUACAGUUGGAAGUUUUACAGACACGCCACCACCGCCAACCGAAGAACCACUCAAUGAUUCAACCGAUUACGUGGAAAUCGAUGAAUUACAAGCAACAAAUCGACAGCAAAAUGGUGGACAAAAUAAAACACAAAGUUUAUCGCAAAUCUAUGAACAAAUCUAUAGGCGCGAAACAGAUCCAUACGCAACGUACAACAAUAGACUGAAUGGAGUGGCAAGAGUGGCAACAGCACGAGACGAAAGAGAAGACGAAAACCAAAGAUUAUACUAUAAUAACAAACAGGAAAUGGGUCAAAGUUUAAGUAUACGAAGACCAAGAAUAUCACUAACCUGGGUAUUAAGAGAACAAUCACAAAACCAACAACAACAACAGCAGCAACAAAACGAACCACAACAACAACAAAAUACCAAAAAGGAAGAGGAGACAAAACUUAAUGAAGAGAAAAAAGAGAAUAUUAGCGAUUUAAAUAAUGUUCUCAAUAAUAAUCAAAUUCUAAACCAACGCAGCAGUAAUAAACAGGAUCAUACAACUGCCGUAGAAAAGAAGAAAUAUCGUUUAAAACAUAUACCCAAUAGCAAUAGUGAAGCUCUCAAUGGUUAUGCUACCACACCCACAGGCUAUACCAAUACUCCCAAUGCUUUGGGUUCACAGAAAUUCUUUAGCAAUCAAAAUUUAUUGGAAUACCACAAAGAUGAAAGCAAUUGCAAGCCCGCUUCAAAGGACUUACUAUUUGUAUGCACACCCCAAAGAGUACCGGAGAGUUUUGGCGGUUCCUCACUGGAUGUCUUGGCUUUGGCUAAGAAACGCAAUGAGAUACGCAAGAAAUUGGCCACAAAAAUGGCCCACUUCCGUUCUGAAUCACAAACACCCCGAUUAGUCAAUAAUAUUAGUAAUGAUGUGCAAUUGAAAAAGGACAACAAGUCCUCCCUAAAAUCAGGAUCCUAUUCAGAACCUAGUCUUAUAGCUGCCUCUGAGGGCAACUCGCGUAGACAUCGUCAUCGUAAGCGUCGCGAAAGAAAUCGUUCGCAAAAAUUUGGCUACGAAAUUAAAAAUGUCGAUGAAUUCUUAAAUAAAUGUUCGCUGGCCUCUCCGGGCAAUAUACCCAUGGUUUUAUCUACCUCAUGCAUACUGUACCAAACAAGACCGGGAGGUUAUCAAACCGAGAUAUCACUGCCAUUGGGUAUGGUGGUUAAUGCAGUAUUUAAAAAUCACAAUUGGCUGUAUGUGCAAACACCACAUGCGGAAGAGGGUUAUGUUAAUUACACCACUUGCUUACCGCUGGGUAUUUUACCACCCGAAGCCAGAAAGGAAUCUAAGCCUACACCUUGUUGGGAGACAAAUGGUGAUAUAUUUCCCAAACCUUGCGGCAAUAUGACAGACUCCGAAAAGGAGAUACAUUUAAGAGUAGGCUCACGCAGUGAAGGUGCCCGCACACCUCAUUUGAAGAAUGCUGCCACUGAUAAUGAUACAGCCACUGUAAUAUCGGUGAAGACAGAAAACACCGAUUGUCUUAACGGCAAUGCCACCACCACCACCUCCUCUAUAUAUGGCGAACAACAGGUAGAUAAAUUGUACUUGAGGGCAGCCUCGCAACCCAAACUUAAUGACAAGACAUCAUAUGCUCAACUAAAAAUUAUACGUAAUCAUUCAUCGGCCAAGUCACAAUCAUCAGCACACACCAAUGAUGAAUAUGUUACAUUACAACAAAAGCAGCAGCAUCAUCAGCAACAGUCACAACCACACCAAAUCAAACAAAAACAUGUACAUACAACAAAUCAACCCAUACAGAAAACUUACAUUACACGCACUUUCAUUACGAAUGGCCACAAUGGUCAACAUUUGCAUCCGAAAGAUAUGAAAACAAAUCUUCAGCAGCAGCAGCAACUACUACAGCCAACUAAUUGUAACCUUAAAACUUCGAACUCAACAACAAUGCUACAGCAGCAGCAACAACAACUACAACAAAAUAAUGCCCCAGCAACCAUAACAGUUACUUCAUAUCCAAAUAACAAGCAUCAACUUCAAACUCCACCACAACAACAACAACAACAACUGCCGCAUCAAUCUCAAUCAUCAUUACAACAUAAUCAACAACAACAUACAUUCGUUGCUCCACGCUCAGUAUUGAAUGCCAUACGUCGUUCCACAGCCCACUGUGGUCAACGUCAGACAUUGGUGGCCAUAACCACAGAUUAUUCUACAGAUGCUUUGACGCUGCACAAAGGCGAUAUCGUUACGUUGUGUGAGUGUCGUGAGACCAAAGAUCAUCGUCAAUGGUUUUACGUGAGAACACGUGAUGGUCGUCAGGGUUAUAUACCAGCUGAAGUGGCAGGCCAUGGUUAUUUGUAAUUAAAUAAAGAAAAAAAAUACUUUUUCAAUAACAACUACAACAAUUACAACAGCAUCAAUCAAUAAAUGAAAAAUAUUUAUAGAUUUUCUUAAGGAAACACAUCUAUGAAAACCUUAAGGAGGAGAUUGCUGCGAAAGUGGCAACUAACUUUUUGGAACAGUGUAAAAAAUUACUUGCAAAUUGUGGAUAAAUUAUAAUGAAAAUGUUAAAACUGAAUCAAAUCUAUGCCACUGAAUAACUGACUGUAAUGUUUUUUUUAAAUUCCCAAAAUUUUCGUCAUCAUUGGCUCUGGAAAAGACAAUUCUUUAAAUCACUUUCGUGACUAAAUGUUUAGAAAAGUCGGAAAAAAAUCUGAUCACAUUUAACCCCCAAAUAUCAUAUAAAUACUUGUAUUGCGAUGAUUUCAAUUUAAAUAAGUUUUAUAUAAACUAAAAUUUUACGAAUAAUUGGUCCAUAAUUGGAGAAGCUUCCUUAUAGGGCCCACUUUAACGCCUGAUCAUGCAAUAAAUAUAUCGAUAUUAAAAUAGAAUCCGUCAUUAACUAUUUGUUAUUACAGUAUUAUAACAGUCUCCAUUAUGAUUCCCCAAAAAAAAGUUUUGAAGUUUCAAAUGUGGAACAGAAAUUAUUGGUCUCAAAGCCCAACUAGAACCGAAACAGAAUAACUGCAUGAAUUCCAUGGAACCAGUUGUGAAAUUAGUAUAAUUUUUCCUGUUUUUUUACCCUAUAAAGUAUAUAUGUAUGUGUAUUUUGAAUCCUUAUAUGUAGAUAGCGAAAUUGAAAACAAUUUUCUGAAGACCCCAAAUAUCUGUGUGAUCCAAAUCUUUAAAAAUUUUAUCAGACAUGCAUUUACGAUGUUUGCUAUUGAAAAUCAUGUUUGAUGUUUGCUAUUGAAAAUCAUGAUAAAAAUUCCCAAGAAAAUUCCAGGAUUUGGAAUACAUGUAUUUCCGAACCUAUGUGUGUAUAUCUAAAGAAUAGGCAAUAAGUGCAUAUAUCAAAAGAAUGUUAUUCGAAAGAAAAGAAAAUAGCGAAGUUGACAACAAUUUUCUGAAAACCCCAAAUAUCUUUGUGAUCCAAAUCUUUAAUAAUUUUAUCAGACAUGCUAUCAUAAAUCGGUUCAUAUUUAACUCAGAUAGGAGUAAAAUUGCGAAGAAAAUUUUAGGUUUUGGAACCUAUGUUCGAUAUAAAUGGGUAUACAUAGGCAAUAUGUAUAUCAAAAGAAAGAUAUUCGAAAGAUCUUUCUCUUUCGAAAUAGGUAUAUCGGAAAAUAGUGAUUUUUGAAAACUAAGAAUUUGAAAAAAAUUUAGAAUUUUUCUAGAACGAAUGCAUUUGAAUACAAACAAAACCACUUCAAAUACUUCUCCUUAGUAAUGUUGUCAUCGCUUCUGGAAUCUGUUCUGUGGAACUUGAGAAAAGUAGUAAAAAGUUCAUUCCAUGAUUUAUAACUCUCUGUAAAACCAAAAGACUGCUGCCAAGCAUCACUUUCGUGACUAAAUGUUUAGUAAAGUCGGAAAAAAAUCUGUUCACAUUUAACCCCCAAAUAUCAUAUUAAUACUUGUAUUGCGAUGAUUUCAAUUUAAAUAAGUUUUAUAUAAACUAAAAUUUUACGAAUAAUUGGUCCAUAAUUGACUCCAUAAGAAGCUUCCUUAUAGGGCCCAAUUUAACGCCUGAUCAUGCAAUAAAUAUAUCGAUAUUAAAAUAGAAUCCGUCAUUAACUAUUUGUUAGAACAGUAUUAUAACAGUCUCCAUUAUGAUUCCCCAAAAAAAAGUUUUGAAGUUUCAAAUGUGGAACAGAAAUUAUUGGUCUCAAAACCAUACAAGAACCGGAACAGAGUAAAUGCAUGAGUUCUGGAACCAGUUGUGAAAUUAGUAUAAUUUUUCCUGUUUUUAUACCCUAUAAAGUAUAUAUGUAUGUGUAUUUUGAAUCCUUAUAUGCAGAUGGCGAAGUUGAAAACAAUUUUCUGAAGACCCCAAAUAUCUGUGUGAUCCAAAUCUUUAAAAAUUUUAUCAGACAUGCAUUUACGAUGUUUGCUAUUGAAAAUCAUGUUUGAUGUUUGCUAUUGAAAAUCAUGAUAAAAAUUCCCAAGAAAAUUCCAGGAUUUGGAAUACAUGUAUUUCCGAACCUAUGUGUGUAUAUCUAAAGAAUAGGCAAUAAGUGCAUAUAUCAAAAGAAUGUUAUUCGAAAGAAAAGAAAAUAGCGAAGUUGACAACAAUUUUCUGAAAACCCCAAAUAUCUUUGUGAUCCAAAUCUUUAAUAAUUUUAUCAGACAUGCUAUCAUAAAUCGGUUCAUAUUUAACUCAGAUAGGAGUAAAAUUGCGAAGAAAAUUUUAGGUUUUGGAACCUAUGUUCGAUAUAUAUGGGUAUACAUAGGCAAUAUGUAUAUCAAAAGAAAGAUAUUCGAAAGAUCUUUCUCUUUCGAAAUAGGUAUAUCGGAAAAUAGUGAUUUUUGAAAACUAAGAAUUUGAAAAAAAUUUAGAAUUUUUCUAGAACGAAUGCAUUUGAAUACAAACAAAACCACUUCAAAUACUUCUCCUUAGUAAUGUUGUCAUCGCUUCUGGAAUCUGUUCUGUGGAACUUGAGAAAAGUAAUAAAAAGUUCUUUCCAUGAUUUAUAACUCUCUGUAAAACCAAAAGACUGCUGCCAAGCAUCACUUUCGUGACUAAAUGUUUAGUAAAGUCGAAAAAAAAUCUGUUCACAUUUAACCCCCAAAUAUUAUAUAAAUACUUGUAUUGCGAUGAUUUCAAUUUAAAUAAGUUUUAUAUAAACUAAAAUUUUACGAAUAAUUGGUCCAUAAUUGACUCCAUAAGAAGCUUCCUUAUAGGGCCCACUUUAACGCCUGAUCAUGCAAUAAAUAUAUCGAUAUUAAAAUAGAAUCAGUCAUUAACUAUUUGUUAUUACAGUAUUAUAACAGUCUCCAUUAUGAUUCCCCAAAAAAAAGUUUUGAAGUUUCAAAUGUGGAACAGAAAUUAUUGGUCUCAAAGCCCAACUGGAACCGAAACAGAAUAACUGCAUGAAUUCUGGAACCAGUUGUGAAAUUAGUAUAAUUUUUCCUGUUUUUAUACCCUAUAAAGUAUAUAUGUAUGUGUAUUUUGAAUCCUUAUAUGUAGAUAGCGAAGUUGAAAACAAUUUUCUGAAGACCCCAAAUAUCUGUGUGAUCCAAAUCUUUAAAAAUUUUAUCAGACAUGCAUUUAUGAUGUUUGCUAUUGAAAAUCAGUAAAAUCUGUUCAUAAUUAACUCAGAUACAUAUGAUAAAAAUUCCCAAGAAAAUUCCAGGAUUUGGAAUACAUGUAUUUCCGAACUUAUGUAUGUACAGUGGCGUGCAGAAGUGAGUGCAUGUUCACGACACUGACUUUCGUCAUCCAUAAAAACAAAACCAUACAAGCAAAUCAAAAAAAAUUUUUUUUAUUAUUUUUAUUAUUUUAUUAGUAACAAAUAGGAGUAAAGAAACAAUAAUAAAUGAAAUUAAUUCAAAGAGUUUGAAAGAAAAAACGAAAAUAACCCGCAUAAACUCAAUUUUGCACGUUUCAAGAAAAUUAAUAACUAACCCAAUUUCAAUAUUUGGUCCAUAGACCCUUAUUAGAAAUAACUUGAUUUACGCGGUUUGGCAUGCUUUCUACCAAAUUUUCGAUAACUUCUUUUGGAAUUCGAUUCCAUUCCGCAUUUACACGAUCCCAAAGGUUGCCCAGGUUUGUUGGGGCUGCUUCGUACUGCCCGAGCCGUCUUUUCACGAUUGACCAAAGAUUUUCAAUCGGAUUGAGGUCGGGACUUUGUGCUGGCCAUUCCAUCAAUUGAAAAUUUUGUUUCCCAAUCCAUUCCUUUACAAUUUUUGCUGUGUGCUUCGGAUCACCAUCUUGUUGGAAAACAAUUUCUUUUUCGGGAUAAGCACAUUUGUCCAUAAAAUUGGGAAGAUGGGUUUGUAGAAUCUGUAGAUAGUCCUCUUUUCGCAUGAUACCAUCUACUAAAUGCAAAGGGCCAACAUGCCACCAUGUAAAGCAUCCCCAAACCAUUAUGUUUCCGCCGCCAUGUUUAACAGUUUGCUUCACAUGGUGUCUUUGAACACUUUCCCCGGGUCUACGCCAGCAGUAUUGCUUUCCAUCUGACUGAAAACGGUUAAAUUUGGACUCAUCAGACCAGAUAACACGUUUCCAAUCAUCAAUGGUCCAAUUUCUGUGCUCCCUUGCAAAUUUCAAGCGCGCUUUAACAUUUUUAUCGGACAAUGCAGGUUUGUUUUUUUUAACAAAUGAAGCAUAUCCGAUGUUAUGGAGCGCUCUUCUGGCAGUCCAUUCGCUUACAUUUUUGUUAAUUGCCAGAGAAGCACCCUUUGGUGUUAGCAGCUUGUUCUUUCUCAUUUCGGACAGCAUUAGUCGAGCAUCUGAG